AUGGGCGUCCGAGACUCCCACGGCGAGGCGACGGGGACGCCCGACCCCGUCGAGAAGGGCCUCGCAACCCUCAACACUAUCAGGAUCGGUGUGAAGGCCAUGGUGCAGAAGGAUGGAGAACUACGCAAGGCGGAGAUUCUCUCAAUCAGACAGCGCAAGGAUGGCCCUUCUUUUUACGUGCACUAUGUCGACUUCAAUAAGCGUCUGGAUGAAUGGGUUGCAUCUACUCGAAUCGACCUCACACAAGAGGUCGAGUGGCCCCAGCCCGAAAAAGCAGACAAGAAGAAAGCCAGCGCCUCCAACAAAGCGGCACCUAGCAAGAACCCCAAGCAACAACGAGCUGGUGAUAGCCGCGAGGUCUCCAGCACCCCCGACGCGUUGGGCGGUAAGAACGUCAAUGUAGGCAAGGCCUCACGACCAUCAAAAGCAGGCGGUAAAGAGAACCUCGAUGUCUCAACGCCCGGCGACUCGUUCGGAGCCGAGGCAGCUUCUGCAGCUGGCACGCCCAAGGUCGUGGAUUUCGAAGACGUGGAAAUGGCAGAUGCCCAAGACGAAAAGACUCCCGAAGAGGAGGAAGUCAAGACCGUGUCGGGCGAAGUAAUCACCCGCGAAGAAGAGAUCGAACGCCUCCGUACCAGCGGUAGUAUGACCCAGAAUCCAACAGAGAUUCACCGAGUGCGAAACUUGACUCGUCUUCAAAUGGGCAAGUUCGACGUCGAACCGUGGUAUUUCUCCCCAUACCCGGAUUCCUACUCAGAUGUCGACUUGGUUUACAUCGACGAGUUCUGUCUAACGCCACCGCGCCAAAUGCACCCUGACUCACCCCCGGGCAAUGAAAUCUACCGCGACGAGAAUAUCUCUUUCUUCGAGGUUGAUGGUCGUCGUCAGCGGACUUGGUGUCGGAACCUUUGUCUGCUCAGCAAGCUCUUUCUCGACCACAAGACUCUUUACUAUGAUGUCGAUCCUUUCCUGUUCUACUGCAUGUGCACCCGUGACGAGACAGGCUGCCAUCUUGUCGGAUAUUUCUCUAAGGAGAAGGAUUCCGCCGAGGGAUACAAUCUCGCCUGUAUCUUGACACUGCCACAGUACCAGCGUCGUGGAUUCGGCCGCCUGCUCAUCUCAUUCAGCUACGAGCUCAGCAAGCGCGAAGGAAAGCUCGGCUCUCCCGAGAAGCCACUGAGUGAUUUGGGUCUGCUCGGUUAUCGACAGUACUGGCGUGAGACACUUGUCGAGUUAUUAACGGAGCCGAAUCGAGAAGCUAUGAGUGAGAACGAGUUGGCUGUUAUAACUGCCAUGACGGAGAAAGAUGUUCACGAAACACUCGUUGUUUUCAAUAUGCUUCGUUAUCAUAAGGGAAACUGGGUCAUCGUUCUGACGGACUAUGUUCUUGACGAGCACAACAAGCGACUCGAAAAGGAGAAGGUGAAGGGCGCGCGCAAGAUCGAUCCUGCCCGCUUACAAUGGAAGCCGCCGGUAUUUACUGCCUCCAGUCGGACCUGGAACUGGUGA